AUGGAGACGUUAUUUUGCGGACCGCCGUACGAGACUCAGUCAAACAACAGCACGUUUGUACAGCAAUGGAAUAGCACGUUCGUACAGCAAUGGAACAGCACCGCAGCACGACAGCACGACAGCGGUCUUCACGAUCUGGAAUGUCUAGUUGAUGGUUUGAACCUACUUCCGCACGUGGUUGUUCUUCCACUUGCCGUUCUGCUGGUUGCUGCUGUAGGACACUACCGUCGCCAUGACUACACCCCUCUGUACAACCAGUCCUGGGUCUUGUUCCCAGGGCACUCUGUCCGCUGGCUGACCAUUUUCGCGCUGUUGUUCGUCACGUUAUGCGAGGAAACCACUGUUGAGGUAGCCUUGGAUCGCCUGACCAACGUGUACAGAAAUGAAAAGGCGUUCUUACUCCUCUCACCUGUCCUCCUCAAACAUAUCAUCACCUGGGUUACCAUGGAGACGGAGAGACAGACAGAAGCAAGCUUACUACAGGAGAGGUACUUGGUGAGUCCGGGAGAGUUUCUGCAGAACGGGUUCGUGCUGCUGGUACUGCUAAUGAUCCUGUCUGUCCUGAGAACCGGCACACAGGCCACCUCCAUGUGCCUCAGCUUCAAGGUCGGGACCGUGCUCAGGAGGGGCAUGCAGGCAAUGAUCUACAAGAAAUGUCUUCUGCUGCCCUCCUGGUUGCUGGAGAAUGACAACAUCAGUAUGGGUCAGGUGACCAACCACAUCAGUAUGGGCUGUAACAUGCUCGCCGCCUUCUUCUUCCUCUUCCACUUCUCCUGGGCAACGCUCGUCCAGGGCAUCAAACUGCUGAAGCUGUACGCCUGGGAACACCUGUUUGUGGAGAAGGUGAUGGAGGCCAGGAAGGACGAAGUGAAACAACUGCACAGCCGCGCAUGGUGGAAGAUCUUAGCAAAAGCAUUUAGUGCCCUGACUCUCUUCUACACACUGCACGGCCCGUUUUCGGAGAUCCCCACGCUUCUGGGCCUCUUCGCCGCCAUGUCAGUGGCCACCAAGCGGCUGGGCACGUUCCUGCAGUCACUUGAGGUGGAAGGGGUGGGGGAUGAUCUUCAGUUUAGUACUGAAGAUCACAAAAACAUGAAUGGGGAUGGAGCAGUUACUGCAGAUCACAAUGAGGUACGAGAUGGGAGUUUUACGUGGGAGUCGGACUCGCAGACAGCAAACAUCAGUGAAAUCAACCUGAAGAUCCCAAAAGGAAAGCUGACCAUAGUGGUGGGACAGGUGGGUUCUGGGAAAUCCUCCCUGCUGUCAGCCAUGUUAGGAGAGAUGAGGACAUUGAAGGGAAGAGUUCUCUGGAACAAGAAACAAAAUACCAUUUCCUAUGCUACUCAGAGAGCCUGGCUGUUAAACGCAUCCCUUAGAGAUAACGUUACGUUUGGUCUGCCAUUUGACAAUGCAAGAAAAGAAGACCAGAACGUCGGCGACAGGAAAGAAGCUGAGAACGGUUCAGCUGUUGUAGCUCACCACCUGAUACACAACGUGAACAGGCUGUCCCGGCACAUGUCAGUCACCAGUCUAGUCUCGUCUGUAGAGGAUAUUUGGGUCAGGGGCUCGGAUUGCUGUGAAGACGAAACAAAGAAAGAUUAUGAAAAGUCUGUUGAAGAUACCCAGAUUGAAGACAAAGAAAAUGAGCCUAACGUUGAGCUUGGAAAACUGGUAGAAAAGGAGGAGAGGCUGGAGGGUGACGUCAAGCUGAAAUAUUACGCCAUCUUUGCCGCCGCAUGUGGACUUCAUCUGGCUAUUCUGGUCCUGUUUCUCCAGGUUAGCAAAACCGGCGUGGCACUGGCUCUAGACUUCUGGUUGGCAGCGUGGUCAGGCAGCAACAUCGGCGGCAACAUGGAUGCCUGGAAUCAUACUGAGGCGGGUGCAAACUACACACUAGGAAACACAUCACAGCCGCUACAAGACUCUACAGGUUAUUACAUCAUCGGAUACACGGGGCUUUCCGUGGGAGCCAUUGUCCUCUCCGCCGCUGCAGUGGCCACGUCCAUUCUAUCCAGUCUGAGGGGGGCAAGGUACCUACCCAACGAAAUGGAAGCUUUCCUCCGAUUUGGUUUAGGUCUUGUGUCAGCCAUCAUUGCGCUGGGCGUGGUCACCCCAUACUUCCUCAUCGGCAUGCUCCCUAUCCUCGUCUUUUACUACGGCAUGCAGAAACUCUACCGAGCCUCUAACAGAGAACUAAAGAGGAUUGCAACUAUCACAGAAUCCCCGGUAUGUAGCCAGCUGUCAGAGUCGUUUGGAGGCCUGUCUACUAUACGGGCUUACAGAGCAGAAGAGAGAUUCACGAAUGAAAUGAAGAGAAGAAUAAACGAGGCCUUCACCCCCAAUUUGUACUUGCUGGGUGUCGAGUGUUGGAUAGGUGUGCGACUGGUUUCCGCGGGUGCAGUUGUAAUUUUUGUUGGCGGUCUGACGUCGGUGGUAGCAGGGUUACAAGGGUUGGUGUCCCCUGCAUGGGUUGGACUCGCCAUUUCGUAUGCAAUUCGGAUGCAGUUACAGCUCUUCUCAGCGGUCAGUGCCUUUGCCAAGGUUGAAGCUAAGAUGACGCACGCCGAGAGGGUGGACACCUACUCAAGAAUUCCGGGAGAAAUUUAUCAGCGUGAAACAGGGAACACCAUCCCUCAGCGGGAAUGGCCGGAGUCUGGGACGGUUCAGCUGGACAACGUGUCUGCCCGGUACGAUCAAAGUCUGGACCCUGUACUCAUCAAGGUCACGGCUAACAUCAAAGCAGGGGAGAAGGUUGGCAUCUGUGGCAGAACAGGCAGCGGGAAAUCCUCCCUCACUCUGGCUCUCUUCAGAAUGAUCGACAUGUUUGAAGGUGUAAUAUCCAUAGACGGAGUAGACAUCAGCCGUGUGCCCUUGACCCUGCUGAGGUCACGCCUGUCAAUCAUCCCUCAGGACCCCGUGCUGUUCAGUGGCACCAUCAGGUUUAACCUAGACCCUGAGGCUAACAGUGAUGAUGAAGAGUUAUGGAGAGCCUUGGAGAUCGCACAGCUCAAGACUCUGGUGACAGACAUGCCCAACAAAUUGGAUGAGAUGGUAACGGAAGGUGGAGAGAACUUCAGUGUUGGUCAGAGGCAGCUGUUCUGUUUAGCCCGGGCGUUUGUCCGGAAAUCACGAAUCCUCAUCAUGGACGAGGCCACGGCGUCUGUUGACAUGGAAACGGAUGCAGUUCUACAAGAUGUUAUAAAAGUGGCUUUUGGAGACAGAACGGUUAUAACUGUUGCUCACCGGAUAGCAACCAUCCUGAACUCUGACCGGAUCCUGGUUCUGGACCAGGGGAAGUUGGUGGAGAACGACUCACCAGAAAACCUACUGAAGAACCCAGACGGUCUGUUCACGGCCAUGGUCAAGGCCAACAAAUAA